CGUCGGUUUGCUUCCGCGAGUAGGUUCAUGCAGCAGAGCUGAAUGAUGCUGGAAGGAGAGAUUCCUGGACGAAGCCACGAACGGGCAGACGCGCUCGGAAUUGGAGUAUAAUAUGUUCCCGCCCGAUGAAAGUCCAAAUUGCGCGUGUCGGCUUGCGCUCAGCCAGGGCAUGACAUCAUCCCACCUCCCCGUCUUGCUCGUCCCUUGCCUUGGCUUGCCCUGCUCCUUCCCGCCCCCACGUUAUUCUCUCCCUCACACAGGACCACCCCAACCUGCAAUCGUCCCGUCCUCCUUCCGCUUCCACAUGAGCUUUCUAUCCCGAACAACCUAGCUAUUGAAUUAAAGAGAUGAUCCGCCAAAGUUUGUAGUGUGAAUGGAUUUAGUGUCGGAAGUGAGGGUGGGCGUGUGUGUGUGUUUGCGGGGGGGGGGGAGGGGGGUUGAAUUUCGGUUGAAUGAUUCUUGGAACGAAUAGAGCAUGCAGUGAAGUUUUGAGAAGGAUUCUGGUGUAUUUUGUAUGGUUUGGAUUGAAUCGCAUCUAUCGUUGUUUGGAGUCGUAGACGGGACGAUGUUCGGGAUUUUGUGUUCUUUGGGAGUGUGAGGGUGUGGUGAUUGAGUAGAGGAAAGGGGUGGUGAGGAGUUGUACCUCUUGUGCGACCAGUGCGACAAGGCGUGGACAGAGAGCAACAGACGGAAUAGGUUUACAGGUGCGAGUUCUGGUGCAGUGAAAUGCUUCUUCGUAGGAACCCGCUUCCACGUUUUUCGUGUUGGUAAUCGAAUGCGUCAAGUGAAGAUGUUGACUCGUGGUAGCAAGACUGCGGCUGAGGAGGUUGUUAGGAGAUUCGAGAGUUGCGCAGACCUAGCGUCGCCUGACAAACGAGAGUCCAUCCCGCUUGUUACAGAUGUGCAGGAUUCCCCUGUGUUCACGUUCUUGUGUGAUUUGUCGCCAAUCCAAUCUGCAAAAUCGGUGCAUCAGGUCCAGACAUACAACGAGUUGAUGUUCCCACCCGAACCUCGAUUUUUUGCUUCUCCAUACAGUGUGAGAAGGUCCUCUUCGCGUGCUUUGAAGAGGGUUGUGGCUGCUGAACGCUUCUCAGUGCAAGCUCAAGCUGAAGGUCAAGAAAACCUUAUAUGGCAGUCGGGUAUCUCUAGAAACACCCUUUCUGACAACUCAAUUUCUCCAUCCCCACUUAGUCGACGCUCUGACGAUCAUCAUGUAACUCUUUGCUCAAGCGGACCACCAGAAGAAGUGCCCGCUUCCCAACCUAAUAGUGCUAAUCUUGUUGAUGAAGGGACACUUGCUUCAAACUCCAUGCAACUGAAUUCGGAACCCACAUCCUGCAAUAUCAACGAGACGGUGGCCACUACCACCACCAGUUUACAGACUCAGUUUACGGAUUACCAUCAACCGGCCCCGGCAGUAUCUGCAGCGAUGCCCUCGGAGAUGGUUAGUUGCAUUGAUUACGCAGGAGAAAAUACUGGUGGAACAAACACCGAACACAUUGAAGUGGCCGAAGGAAGGCUAUCCUUUUCUAGCGUAAUGUCACAGGCGAAUGAUUGCGUGUUGUCGGGAAUUGCAAGUCAAGAAUCACCUCCGAUCCAUGACAAUCAAAACCAUGUUACUAUGAUAUCCAGUUCUCACAAUGAAGACUUUGGGUUGAACUGUAAUCCCAUUGCGAAAGGUAGUCCUGAGCUUGAUCAGGACACUACAGCCAUGGCAUAUUUUCUCGCUGGGAACCGGGGCCCCGGACAAGAGAGUGGAGACGAUGAGUGGUCAGAGGAUCCAAAUGAGGUGGAUGUUUCAAGGUUGCCAUUGCAACCUACAUCUGGACAUGCUGAGAAUCAGUCUGACAUGACAAAUGGAGGCUCUGGGAAGCAGGAUUCUCAGGCUAAUACCUCUAAACAGCGUGGUUUUAGAAGACGGUGCCUUGAUUUCGACGUAGCAAGAAGAAAAAGCUUUGGCAUCACGAGCGGCAGGGAAUUUCUAGACAGUAGGCUUAAAGAUUGCAGUGGAACGGAUGGAAACAAGACAUCUUCUGUUCUUAGCGAUGUAGGAGCUGCCAAUUUAGAUGCAACAACAAGCGAAGUGCAGGCCGUUGGGGAUGAUUCUGCUCUUGACCACGAUCCUUCGAGGACAGUAGUAGCAUUUGGAGCAGGGAACCCUGCAUGUGAGGAUACUCUUGGAGCUGCCACUACGGUGCAACAACUCACAAGCAGCUGCUACCAAAAUAAGGUGGACAUCGCACAUGCCAAAACGGGCGAAUCACAUGCUUGGAAGUCGCAUAAUAGUGGGGUUACAGGUGGAAUCAAUUCACCAGAAGGUGUGAGGCGUAGCCCCCGCGUUCACAAGACUGGUAUUGGGCUUCAUUUAAAUUCUUUGACAAGCUCCAUGUCCUUCAAGCGGGAUCCUCCAUCUACUGGAGGAGAAAGUUCCAAAGAAGUUUUGGCAACAGUGUUGGGCUUACAACCUCUGGCAUCAAGUCCCAGGGGAGAUUUGGUUAGUGCAGGUUUUCCCGCAAUUCUGAACCAAAAUUAUACUCCAAGAGCAGGGUCUUUGUCGAAAAGGACUGAGAUGGAGACUGCUAAAGCUGAUACGCUAUUUCCUUGUAACAACACGGUCUACGUUUUAACCCCCGAUUCUACGAGACUGGACAUUGAUAACUUUGGAGUUUCUUCGGUAGAAUCAUUACCUUUGACUUCAGUUGUAAGUCCUCGAGGUCGGAAACGAUCCAGACCUGAUGAACAGGAUUUAGUUUGGCAACGGGAGGGGGAAGUUGACGAUGAACUUUUGGACAGUCCGCAGAGCUGUAAGAAUAGACGGUUAUCCAGACGGAAAUCUCCUAGGUCUCAUCAAGCUGAGAAACCAGGUGAUGGCUGCAAGCGCUGUAAUUGCAAGAAAUCUAAGUGUCUCAAACUGUAUUGUGAGUGCUUUGCUGCGCGUCUAUUUUGCGUGGGUUCGUGUGCAUGCCGGAAUUGCUUCAAUAAACCUGAAUAUGAAGCGACAGUCUUAAACACCAGACAACAAAUUGAAGCACGCGACCCAUUGGCAUUUGCCCCCAAAAUUGUUCAGGCUGCCGAACCUACUCCCAUCCCACGGGAUGAUGCUCUGGACACUCCAGCCUCGGCUAGGCACAAGCGUGGUUGUAACUGCAAAAAAUCACUUUGUCUCAAAAAGUACUGCGAGUGUUACCAGGCUGGUGUUGGGUGCUCAGAAGGGUGUCGGUGUGAAGGCUGCAAGAAUAUGUACGGCAGGAAGGAAGGUCCCGAAGAAGGUGAGGGAAAAGUGGUGGAACAUGCUCACUCUGCUUCAGAAACUUCUCAAGCUGAAGUCACCACUGAGCUGUUCAAGAGUACGAGUGGAGGAACCGAUCAACUUUGUGAUGAUGAAAAAUCAAAUCUUCCUCCAAUCACCCCUACAUUCGCACGUGGCUGGCUUGGUGGAUCCAUGCUCCGACUGAGUUCUUCAGGGCGUAAGCGUGCUUCCUCGGACGAGCAUUUUGCGUCCCUCUCAGCCCAGCCAUUGUCAAGGCCUCCCAACUCCCCGACCAUAUUCUCGAAUACUUUGGAUAGUUUUGAUUUAGCGCCCUAUCCUCAAGGAGACACAGACUUCUCUAUGAAUGAUGUUGAUGACUCCCCAACAACAACCCCGACGUUUUCGCGGAGUGGCCAUGCGUCCUCUCGCUGGGAAGGUUUGAGUGACUUCUACCCCCUCACCCCUCUACCUCUGACAACCUUGCAACAAACCCCAGACUCUUCUUGUGUGACAAUUGAACGAUCUGGUACUUCUCCCGCACUCGUUAUCCAGAUGUCCGACUCUUCACAUCGUACAACCUCUGCGACGAGUGCUCAACAUCACUUAUCUGCAAGAAAUUGGUCUCCGCGCACUCCAGGAUUUAGACAACCGGCUCUACCUACCCCGUUUAGCUUCGAUAUGCCUCACCAAGCCCAGUUGUCUAGCACCGAUCAGCUCCAUUCGCCACUCACCUCCACGACUUACCCAGGAAAGAAUCUCCAAAGUGAAGUAGGGUCAGUGACGGCGGCCCCCUACGACGACGACGACAGCACCCCAGACUCUUUGAAGCACGCAGACAUUUUCGGAUCCCUGACGCGAAGAACUCUGACUAAGUCGAGCUCUCCGAAGCAGAAACGUGUCACUCCACCCCAGUAUAGUAGUAGGGAGCAAGCAUCAUUUGGAGGCGGUCGUGGGAAUCCUUUGGCCACUCCUCCUGGGCUUAGGAACUCAAAAAAAUUCAUCUUGCAGGCAUUACCACCGUUGCCGUCUGCCUCUCCUCUUUCCAAAGGCUGAAGAAUCCGGUUCCUUCGACAGUAGAUAUUCCAGCUUUCACUCGCAAAAUCAUAAUACCGCUGGACCCCAAGACGGACACGAGUCUCCAGUUUUUGCUUGAGCUGCUUGUGUUGAAGCGAAGUCCGUAUUUCUUGCAGGGAUUGUAGAGGUAGGAGUUCCGAGGACUACCUUUGAACUCGCAACGAACUCAAAGCACUUCGAGCGUGACCUGUACUUCACUAGAUUUCGCAUCGAGCUCUUCAUGGAUCCCUUUUUGUUGCUGGGCCACACAAUUGAACCAGUCUGUUCUAGAUUCUCCGUGACCUUCAAUGCGAUUGUAGCCAACACGAAAGGUAAGGUAGCUUCUCCUCGACUUUGUCAUGUUCACAAAGGCGAUACAAGUGAAGACUACCUUUGAAUCAUCUAGGUUUGUGCAUGGACUUCAUGCAUAACGUGUGGAUGGAGCCUUAAUAUGUGACCAAAACUCGAAAAACGACUGCGUGCAAUCCGCCUCCGACCGUUUUCAAUGUCAAGCACCUAAAGCUGACUUUUUCCUGGUA